UUCUUGAGCCUCGCAGCCUCCUCGUGUUGGCUGCGUCGAUCAAUGGCGCACCUACAACACACCUCUGCUGUACAAGUCUGACGCUCAUUGAUGAAUCUAUAGGCAAUUCAAUGCGCUGCGAGCCGCUUCUGUCCCCUUUAUAAUCCGUCAGGCAUUUGCGAGCACUGCAGUUUUCCGUGACCUCUAGUACACAUUUUACUCUCAAGUGCUAUUUUGCAUCUCUCAGCCAUAUGUCAAACUUCGUUCCUGAUCCUCUUGAUGAUUGCACUCCACCCUUGGAGGAGCCGAGUCACCCAGCACGCCCCCAGGACCCCGAGACUAACCUCGCGAUUGGUGAAAUGCUACAAUUCGCCGUCAAUAACACCGUGCCAGACCCACUCGAAGAUACCCUCCCAGCCUUGGGUGAGGAGGCAAGCUACCCAGAACACCCUCAAGACCAGGGAGAGGCACACCUCAGUGGAGUGCAACAGAUCGUCGUUACUGCCAUUCGCGCAACUGAUCUAACUCUUGGUCUCCAACGGAUUCCCGCUGGCUUCCAUGUGGUAGUAAAGGCUCGCGGUAUCGAAUUCCAAACAAGCAACAAGCCCGUGCACGUAGACCAGGCUGUUCUCGAAUGGAACGAGCGGAUACUUCUGCCAUGUGAACCAUCUUCUCUCGUUCGGGUCAGCGUGUAUGCCUCAUUUGAACUGGGUCCCAUGCUUGGUCAUGGAGAAGUCCUUCGCACAUUUGAGAUAUCCGUAGGCGAAUUAUUGGAUCGCAGUGAACAGUCACGUCCCAUUGUUUUUCAGCCCAAGCAGGAGGAAGUCGUUUCCCCGUGUACUUCGCUGUUCAUGACAGUGGAGCAGCGACGAUCUGAUGAAAACGACGCUGCAGUUCUUGAACCGCUUACCGCCGUGAGUGAUCAAUGCCAGUCUGAUAUGCUGAUGCUGAGAGCUUGUAAUGUGUAGCCUACGUCCAGCGAUAUGAAUGCGUUAGUGCUAACAGACGCCGGACAUCGCCUUCUCGCACGAUUCCGAAGGACGCGGAACACUAGGGAUCUCGACCAAUCCAUAAUGCACCUUGAACGUGCGUCUGAUCUGUGCCCCAUGCAUCAUCCCUGCCGCCCUGCAGCACUAUUCAAUCUAGCUUCCGCGAAGUUUGUUAAAUGCCAAGUAAAUGGAACAUAUCUCGACCUCGACAUCCCCAUCUC